GAAGAAUAGAACACCAUGACUACUGCAGUAAACAAGCUCUGUGUAUAGCUUUACACACAUACACACAGUACAGAGAAAUGUAGACAUUAUAGGGAAACACUGCAGAAUUGCACCACAUCUUGUAAUUUUUCUACAUGUAAGUAUUUGUUGUACCAGACACCAAAAGAUUCAGAGCUGCUGGUGAUGCCAGUGAGCCAACAGCACAGUCAGGGGCCAACAGACAAAAUGUUCAUCAAAAAUGCCAACCUACGACACCCCAGUCGCCACCAUGAAUUAUUUAUGGAUUGUCGACCCUACAGGGGGGAACCACCGACAGUGGCAGGAUUUCUUCUCUACCCGGACACUCCUGCCAAGAUGGAGACCACAUCACGAGAAGCUUUCUGCUUUAGACCCGUCCCACAACAAGACGGAGGCAAAGGAGACCAUAUCGCCCACAACACACAGCAGGACUCCCACCGUUCUCAUCCCACAUCCUCGAGACAAACAGGAGGAGGAAACAGCAACAGGGACGGGGAACCAGGGGAGGACGAGCUAGAAGGCAACCAUGAUCAGAUGGGGUCAACAGCUGUGAAAAAUGAACAAGAUACAACAGGGAUGCAGUCUCAGUAUCAGAAGGAUUUCCCUCCCCCGUCCUCGUGCCGCAGGAGGCGAACACCUGCCUUCCCACAGCCAGACAACAUCGGCAUCAACCCUGCUUUCAGGAUCGAGUUUAGCACAGUGCAAAGAGAGACUUACCCUGGCUGGCCCAUCACGAAUCCCAGGUAUGCUGGCAGGCUGAGAGCGGCCUCGUCCGGACUACCAAAAAAUGGCUUCUGAGCGAUAGUCUUUAACAUACAUAAGAAAUCAGCUUACAUGUGGGCUCCCCAGCAAUAAGUGUUUGACAAGACAGUCGCACCUUCUCGCCACAGACUCCUGUGACAUGUCACCCUGCUCAUCUUUGGCUGUAAAACUUGCCAAUGUAUUUACAUUAUAAAUAAAGAAAUCUCAAAAAUA